CGGUGUUCUGAAGCCUCGUCUAGUGGUAAAGGGGAUAUAGGAGCAAGCCAAAAAAGACUAGGACCCAGCGCCGCGCCGCUGUGUGCCCACUCCUGGUCUCCCGGCACCAAAGCUGCUGGCGCCCAGGGUGUUUUUUCCUUGUCCCCGCCACUUCCCAGUCCCUGGCCCAACAUGAUACUGACCAAAGCCCAGUACGACGAGAUAGCCCAGUGCCUAGUGUCUGUGCCGCCUACCAGGCAGAGCCUAAGGAAACUGAAGCAGAGGUUCCCCAGUCAAUCGCAGGCCACUCUGCUGAGCAUCUUCUCCCAGGAGUACCAGAAACAUAUCAAAAGAACACAUGCCAAACAUCAUACUCCAGAGGCGAUUGAAAGUUAUUAUCAGAGGUACCUGAAUGGAGUGGGGAGAAAUGGAGCUGCCCCAGUGCUCCUGGAGCUGGCCAAUGAGGUGGACCAUGCACCCUCAUUAAUGGCUCGGAUUAUACUGGAGAGGUUUCUACAAGAGCAUGAAGAAACUCCACCCUCCAAGUCUGUUAUAAAUAGUAUGCUACGGGACCCGUCUCAGAUUCCAGAUGGAGUUCUAGCAAAUCAGGUCUAUCAGUGCAUCGUGAACGACUGCUGUUAUGGACCGCUGGUAGACUGCAUCAAACACGCCAUUGGACAUGAGCAUGAGGUCCUGCUAAGAGACCUGCUUCUGGAGAAAAACCUGUCCUUCCUCGAUGAAGAUCAGCUCCGUGCAAAGGGUUAUGACAAAACACCAGACUUUAUUUUACAAGUUCCAGUUGUAAUGCUUUGUCCCUUAGCUGUAGAAGGGCACAUAAUUCACUGGAUUGAAAGCAAAGCCUCAUUUGGUGAUGAAUGUAGCCACCAUGCCUACCUGCAUGACCAGUUCUGGAGCUACUGGAAUAGAUUUGGGCCGGGCUUAGUCAUCUAUUGGUACGGCUUUAUCCAGGAACUGGACUGUAACCGGGAAAGAGGUAUCCUGCUCAAAGCCUGUUUCCCCACGGACAUUGUCACCUUAUGCCAUAGCCUAGCUUGACCUCGAUGAUCCUGGAAGAGAAGCCGGGAGGAGAAGGUGAAUCCGGAAGCAAUUUUACUUCCCUGCAGCGUAAACUCCUGGCAGCAUCUGCCCUGAACUUGAGCUGAACUCGGGCUGCCUGUGGCUACGCCACUACCUCUUUAGACAAACAUAUCAAGAGUUUCUGUUUUCCUUCAUCCCUUGCUGAUGUGAACAGCCAAGAACUACGACCCACCCACUCAUUAUCAGCAUUUCUGUCUCUGUCAAACAGUUAGUUUACAGAUAGUCAUAAUCUUUUUUCCUUCCGGAUGAUUUCUGCUCAUAUACUGAACAAAAGAAAUGUGGAAUGUGGAGACUUGAAAGGUGUGACUUUUUUUUUUUUUUUUUCAAUUCUCCUCUCAGUUCC